CAUAUACACACUGCAGUGAAGACGUACACUCACCCAGACAUCUACAGCUUUCCACAGGGGGGCAGCAGCAUGGAGACGUUCAGCUCCAAAGAUCUGGCCAUGAAAGCCCAGAAGAAGAUCCUCAGCCACAUGGCCAGUAAAUCCAUGGCCCAGAUGCUGGUAGACGACACCAGUGGAGAGGUUCUGGACGAGCUGUACCGGGUCUCCAAGCUGCACACGGGGGACCGGGCCAAGGCCCAGAAGGUCUCCAAGGACCUGGUGAAGGUCGCAGUGAAGGUGGCGGUUCUGAUCAAACACGACAAAUUCAGCAAAGAAGAGCUGAAACUCGCUCACGAGUUCCGCAAGAAGCUCCACAACGGAGCCAUGACUGCUAUCAGCUUUCAAGAGGUGGAGUUUACGUUUGAUAAGGCGGUGAUGAUGGAGCUGCUGUCGGAGUGUAGGGAUCUGCUGGUGAAGCUGGUGGAGAAUCAUCUCACUCAGAAGUCUGUGGGUCGGAUUCAGCACGUCUUUAAUCACUACUCGGACCCGGAGCUGCUCACUCACCUGUACGACCCCCGGGGGGCGCUGUGGCCCAGCCUCACCAAAAUCUGCUCCGGACUCAACCGCCUGAUCGAGGAGGACAAGCUCUAGUGCAGAACCCGGAGAGAGAGAGAGUGUGUGUUGGUGUGUGUGUGUGUGAGUGUGUGUGUGUGUCAGUGUGAGUGUGUGUGUGAGUGUGUGUGUGUGUGUGUGUGUGUGUAGUGUGUGUGUGAGUGUGUGUGUGUGUGUGUGUGUGUAGUGUGUGUGUGAGUGUGUGUGUGUUGGUGUGUGUGUGUGUGAGAGCAUGUGCACAUUUUGGUAUCUUCAUGAGGACCUCAGUAGCAUAGUGAUAUGUCAUAACUCUGUUUGUGAGGACACUGUGAUGAGUUAAGAUUAGAAUUAUGUUUAGAGUUAGGGUUAAAAUUAGAGUUGAGUUUAGUAUUAAAUUUAGAGUUAGGGUUAAGAUUAAUGUUAAGAUUAGAGUUAGCGUUAAGUUUAAGGUUAAAAUUAGGUUUAAGGUUAAGAUUAUGGUUAAGAUUAGAGUUAAGUUUAGAGUUAGGGUUAAGAUUAGAGUUAAGUUUAGAGUUAGGGUUAAGGUUAGGUUUAAGAUUGGGGUUAAGAUUAGAGUUAAGUUUAGAGUUAGGGUUAAGGUUAGGUUUAAGUUUGGGGUUAAGAUUAGAGUUAAGUUUAGAGUUAGGGUUAAGGUUAGGUUUAAGUUUGGGGUUAAGAUUAGAGUUAAGUUUAGAGUUAGGGUUAAGACUAUGGUUAAGAUUAGGUUUAAGAUUAGAAUUAAGGUUAGAGUUAGUGUAAAGAUUAGAGUUAAGUUUAGAGUUAGGUUUAAGUUUGGGGUUAAGAUUAGAGUUAAGUUUAGAGUUAGGGUUAAGGUUAGGUUUAAGUUUGGGGUUAAGAUUAGAGUUAAGUUUAGAGUUAGGGUUAAGGUUAAGUUUAGAGUUAGGGUAAAGAUUAGAGUUAAGUUUAGAGUUAGGUUUAAGGUUGGGGUUAAGAUUAAGGUUAUUGGUAGGUGUAGUGUAAAUUAGCUACAGUUGUUGUGUGAAUGGAUGGUCCUCACAAGAAUGGCAAAACCAAUGUGUGUGUGUGUGUGUGUGUGUGUUUCUAUAAAAGUGUAUUUCCCUUAUGAUGUAAAAUACCAUCUGAGUGUUUAUUUUAUUUUAAUACUUCAAAUCAAGUUUUAAUAAAAUAUUAUGUGUACAGACCUUUUCUUGUUAAAGUGAAUCUUUUAAAUAAUUGAUAAUAUUGUUAUGUAAAUAAGACAGUGGACUAUCAGUGUUUUUAGACUUACUGGAGUCG